GAUUCCAAUAUUUUUUGGUUAACCGACCUUCCCAUAGAACGGCCUUGGCUUUUCUCUCCCCUUCCUCUCUACUUCUUAUUAAACUCUCUCUUUCCCUCUCAUUGACCAAAAUAUUGCAUUACAUGUCAAUUGAUCUCUGUACUUCAAACAUGGCAAUGCAUCUAGCUGCUCAACCUCCUCACCCAACUCACGAACCAAAAAUUGAACAACAAGAACCUUUUGUUUUUGACGCCUCCAUUCUUCAACACCAAUCCAACAUACCCUCUCAGUUCAUUUGGCCUGACCAUGAGAAACCCUGCCUUGAGUCUCCGGAGCUUGUAAUCCCUCCUAUUGACUUGGGAGGCUUCCUGUCUGGAGACCCUUCGGCUGUCUCGAAAGCUUCUCUGCUCAUUAAUGAGGCAUGCACGAAACAUGGAUUCUUUCUAGUUGUUAAUCAUGGAAUUGAUUCGCAGCUUAUAGCUAAAGCUCAUGAGUACAUGGACAUGUUCUUUGGCAUGCCACUAGCAGAGAAGCAAAGAGCUCAGAGAAAGAUAGGAGACCACUGUGGAUAUGCUAGUAGCUUCACUGGCAGGUUCUCCUCUAAACUUCCAUGGAAAGAAACACUUUCUUUUCGAUAUUCUGAUGAUGAUCAGUUCUCCAACAUUGUCCAAGAAUACUUCUUGAAGAUGAUGGGAGAAGAAUUCAAACAAUUUGGGAACGUGUACCAAGAAUACUGUGAAGCCAUGAACACUCUAUCCCUUGGGAUUAUGGAGCUUUUGGGAUUCAGUCUAGGAGUUGGCCGAGAAUUCUUCAGAGAAUUCUUCGAAGGAAAUGAUUCCAUGAUGAGAUUAAAUCACUAUCCUCCCUGCCAAAAACCGGAUUUAACUCUCGGAACUGGGCCUCACUGUGACCCCACUUCCUUAACAAUCCUUCAUCAGGAUGCAAUUGGUGGCCUCCAAGUGUUCGUCGAUGAAAAAUGGCAAUUCGUUCGUCCGGAUCCUGAAGUUUUUGUUGUCAAUAUCGGUGACACAUUCAUGGCUCUAUCAAAUGGCAUUUUCAAGAGUUGCUUGCACAGAGCAGUGGUGAAUAACAAAAAGGUAAGGAAAUCCCUUGCUUUCUUUCUAUGUCCAAACAUGGAAAAGGUGGUGAAGCCACCGAAUACGUUGGUCAACUCCAACAAUCCAAGGAAGUACCCAGACUUCACAUGGUCAAACCUUCUAGAAUUCACUCAGAAGCAUUACAGGGCUGAUAUGAAAACCCUAGAUGCCUUCAGUAGCUGGUUGCAACAGAACAGCUGAAGCUGAUGAAAGGGCAUUGGGAAAUGAAAGUGAGGUUCAAAGGUUAGAGAAUGGUAUCAGCUAGUGAAUUGAUGGUGGGUCUCAAAGAAAAAGGCAACAGAAACACCAAAAAAUAGGCCAGCUGGUCUGUGAUUAGGUGUUAGUGUGUUAGUGUUGGAGAGAAUCACAUAAAUAAAAGAAGCAAAUUGUAGGAAUAAAGAGUUAAAUGGGCUCCAUUGCUUCUUUUUCAUUUUAUUUUACUUUAUUUAAAUUUAGAAAAUAAGGAUUCUAUAUAUGUACUUUUGUCUUUGGCCUCCCUCA